CUGGCAGUUACAUUUGAAAACAGGCGGCAGACGCAGAAACGACUCGAGUUGUCAAUUGCAACUGUCCGUUUUGUUUCUCCAGGAGAGAAAAGAUGACUGGGGAAAGUGAGUUGGCGAUAAAAGAGGCGUUUCAACGCGCUCAGAAAGGACACAACAACAAGGCUAAACUGGUGGCCAGUCUCAAGAACACAUACAACAAGUUAGAGGACAAGACAUUGUUCCACGAGGAGUUUAUCCAGUACCUGAAACAUGCCAUGAUCGUGUACAAGAGAGAACCGGCUGUGGAGAACGUGAUAGAGUUCGUCUCCAAAUUCUCCACCAGCUUCCAUACGCCUUCCGCCAAGGGAGGAGAGGAAGAGGAGGAGGAGGAUGAAGAAGAGGACGAGAACCCCUUCCUUAGUUACAUGUUCAACUUCCUGUUGGAG